CGUGUCCACGGGGUUUCCGGCAGUGGCGUUUAUGGCUGAAAGGUGUGUACGCCGUUCAAAUGUCCCGGUCGGAGGACACUCGGCUCGGUUCCUGCAGGACAGAGCCCGGGGUUGGACCACAUUAACACCGCAGUGGUCAACGCAAGAAGUGGAUGAAGCGGCGGAACUUCCGGGUGCGUCCCGGGCGCUGAGCGGUAAAACCAUAUAUGGACUUCUUCCACACCAUAUUAGGGAAUGUACGUCACACAGAAGUCUUUAUAAAGGCCGAGGUUACGAGCGAAGUUACGCGAAGCAGCUCAGGUUCAGGUUCAGGUUCAGCUUCAGGUUCAGGUUCAGCUUCAGCAGAACAGUCAAUAAUCACAACAUGAGACGUUCACGGUCCCGGCGGUGAUUCCACAAACGCCAGUCUCCAGCCUCGGCUUCCUCAGAGCACGGCAGCCCGCAGCAGCAGCAGAGGCAGCCCGCUUACAGCUCCUCUCUGUCCGCCCCAGGUGCAGAGAGCGACUCGGUGACUGAGCUCCGGCACCGCUCCUCCGUCUCCCUCCGUCUCCCUCCGCUCCUCCUCCUCCUCCUUCAGGGAGAUGGCAGCGACCAAAGCAGAGUUGUUUCUCUCCGCCUUGCAAAUCACGGAGCCGCUCACCGGCUUCCCGUUGCCGCUCUCCCCUCUGGACUCGUACCCGAAACUUGAGGAGCUGCAGAUGCUUUUGCGAAGUGCCGCCGCCGCCGCCUCCGCAGCCGAGGGAGCGGCGCUGCUGAACUCCGAGCCCGGGGAAUUCGGAGAUCCACUCUCGGACCUACUGGACCUACAGAACCUCACCCCUCGCCUCACCCCUCUGUCCUACAGCGGCCGCUUCACCUUUGAGCAGCCCUCUACACCGGUGUCCUCUGUUGGGGGGGGGCUGUGGGGGGAGCCCUUACUCAGCCUGUUCACAGGUUUGGUAAGCAUGGCCGCCCCCCCCCUCGGAGCCUCGGCCUCUUUAACUGCCCCGGUGACAUCAUCGGUGUCCCAGCCCAGCUUCAGCUGUGGCUCCACGGAUGUGACCUCGUGCUUCCCUGCCACCCCCGCCUACACCUGUGCCACCGGCUCCCAGAGCUCUCAGCCCCAGGGCCCCCCCCCCGCCUACCCUGCCUCCACCUGCGGACUCCAGCCCCCGUCUCUGACUCUGCUGGCUCUCUCUGACCGUCUGUUGCCCCAGCAGCAGGACCAGAAGCCCCUGCUGCUGCCCCCCCCCCAGGGUCCCAACCCUCCCAUUACUCCACUGUCCACCAUUAAAGCUUUCUCCGCUCAGAUCCAGAGCGCCUCCCACCAGGUGGCGUCCUCUUCCAAGUCCUGCCGGCUCAGGAAGCACUCGAAGACUCCGCCCCACGAGCGCCCGUACGUUUGCCCCGCCGAAGGCUGCGCGCGGCGCUUCUCCCGCUCCGAUGAGCUAACGCGUCACGUCCGUGUGCACACGGGCCAGAAGCCCUUCCAGUGCCGCAUCUGCAUGCGCCACUUCAGCCGCAGCGACCACCUGACCACGCACAUCCGCACGCACACGGGCGAGAAGCCCUUCGCCUGCGCCGAGUGCGGGCGCAAGUUCGCUCGCAGCGACGAGCGCAAGCGUCACGCCAAGAUCCACCAGAGGCAGCGCCGGAGCGACAAGACCUCCGACUCCUCCGCCCUUUACUCCCCCCCUCCCCCCCCUCCCCCCUCAGCCCCCACCUCUACUCCCCCUGUCAGCAGCAGGAGCGUGUCUCCCUGUCCUCAUCUUCAUCAUCUUCAUCUUCAUCUUCAUGUCUCUUGACUCCACCUGUCAGUGACGGAGGAGACUCUGGACCACCGUUCUGACCUGUUGAUGUGUAUAAUGUGAACACACACACACACACACACAGGCGCUGUGUGUGUGUGUGUGUGUGUGUGUUCAGCUUCUUCCUACUGUGUAGGAUUGGACUUUUUUAUGUCACGUGUUUCCUCUUCAGAGCAGAGAGAAUAAAUGUGUCGUAGAUUCUGA